GGGCCGGGAGGGACGGCGCCCGAGCCCGCCGGUCCUUCCCGUCCUCAGGUCUCCCGGACCUGGUGCCGGACCCCUACUACAUCCAGGCCUCGACGUACGUGCAGAAGAUGGCCAUGUACAACCUGCGCUGCGCCGCCGAGGAGAACUGCCUGGCCAGCUCAGCCUACAGAGGAGAUGUGAGAGAUUAUGAUCACAGGGUGCUGCUAAGAUUUCCCCAAAGAGUAAAAAACCAAGGGACAUCUGACUUCCUACCCAGCCGUCCGAGAUACUCCUGGGAAUGGCACAGUUGUCACCAACACUAUCACAGCAUGGAUGAAUUCAGCCACUACGACCUGCUGGAUGCCAACACACAGAGGAGAGUGGCUGAAGGCCACAAAGCCAGUUUCUGCCUUGAGGACACCUCCUGUGACUAUGGUUACCAUAGGCGGUUUGCAUGUACUGCACACACACAGGGAUUGAGUCCUGGUUGCUAUGAUACCUAUGCAGCAGACAUAGAUUGCCAGUGGAUUGAUAUCACAGACGUGCAACCCGGAAACUACAUCCUAAAGGUCAGUGUCAACCCCAGCUAUUUGGUGCCUGAAUCCGACUACAGUAACAACGUGGUCCGCUGCGACAUUCGCUACACAGGACACCAUGCGUACGCCUCGGGCUGCACCAUCUCGCCGUAUUAAAAAAAAGCAAGCCAAACUCCCAGUGGAUAAUUCAGUUCCUGUGUUCUGAAGUGGGAAAAAAAUAGAUUAGUUUCAGUAGGAUUUACAUUAUUUUGGAAAAGAGGACAGAAAACAACAAAGGAAUUUUUAUUUGGACUGUUUUACGACAAAGAAAAUAACUGGAUUUUGAAUAUUUAAAUAAGCAUUAUUCAAGAAGUUUUAAACACUUAUUUACAUUACUUUGUGAAUAACUCAGUGUUCUGAUUCUGCAAGUGUAUACUCAACUCUCUCAAAGAAAUCUAAAUUUCUUCUGCUUCUUUUGAAACUAAUACUACCAAAGGGAAAAAAUAAUAUCCUAAAGAUUGAGCCAACAUUAUUUUGAUUAGUCCUUAAAGUGCUGAAACAUUACGUGAAGCAUAAUAAUGCGCUCAUAUGUGUAAUCAUGGGUUCAUGUGUGUUGUAGUGUAGAUUAAUUUAGAAGUGAGGCUCCUGCUGUGUAAAUAUGUUUCAACAGGGACAGAUUUGGUGCUGAGAAUGGAAGAAACACAUUACCAUUGGUAUGAAGAGAUAUUUCUAUAUAGCAGAGAAAUGCCUAUAGAUGUAUUGAAAUAGUUACAUCCCUAUAUAAAACUAUGUUUACAUUUUAAAAUUAGAUAUCUUUCUUUCUGUCCAGUACACAGUUUCAUUCUGACUUGAGUUCACUUUUGGUUUGGACUGAAUCAAAGGACCCAGCCGCCCAGUUUCUAUCUGAUACUUACUGAUAUUUCUCUACUCAUUUGUAGACUUUUUCAUGUGCAGAAGUAUUUAUAGUGGGAUCCUGUAAAUUACCAUUCUGGAGAUGGACAGACAUAGGACAACUGUGUAGCUGGAAAGCCAGAGGACAGACAUGUUACAUCCAGAGAGAGCCUGCUCUUAAGCCUAGUUCAGUCCAAGCCAAAACCAAAUUCUCCUUCACACAACAAUUAUACAGUCUCUCAAACCUGUCGAAGUCUUUAAAGAAAUAAUGAAAAACACACUAGAUUUUCACCCAUUCUCCAUUUUCAGUCUUCAGAUGUUGAAAAAGGAAGGCUGAAAACUUUUCAGUCAGAUUAGAUGACAUAGUUUGCCAUCAUGUUGGGGUGCCAUUCUGGGUUAUGCAGGUUGUGGACUCUGGUUGUACGUGUUUUUGAGUGUGAAAUAGCAAAGCACAAAGCCAGAUGAACUUGAGGAGUUGGUGAGUGAGGGAAAGAAAGAAAUCCUGCAGACCUGAGGACUGCUCCGCAAGGAGUCCGCUGUGAUCCUAUUUUAAACUGUGAAACUCAAGGUGGCAAAAGAAUUUGAAGACGCCAUCAUUUUUCUGACAUUCAAAAGGUUGUGGAAAGAAAUCCGAUUUAAACUUUUUAAGUUAGUGGUGCUUAAGCAGAAACUUUCCUACAUUGACCAAUAUUCAGAUUCCAAGAAUACACUAGAAUUGUGAAAGUAAGCUGUGUGAUGUCUUUUACAUCAGAGUGAUGACAUCAACACCGAUGACCUAUACCAUACUGUGCUCACUGGGCUCACAGCGGGGUCUGAGAGGCGAGAUGGGGAGCUAGCAGGGGCAGGCAGAGCAGAGCUCAGUCCUGGCCUGCCCAGGUACACACUCAGCAAUGAGUGUAGACAGAACUUCGGUUCUGUCUGAUGUCUGAGCUAUAGGAUUGCUUUUCUUUGCCCUCAAUUACUUUUUAGUUUAAGAUUGGAAAGAGAUUCUUUGAAAUUAUAAUCUUCUUUUCUGAUACAGAUAUUUGAAUAUAGUUGCUUUUAAAAACAUAAACACCAAAAACUAUCAGUAUUACUAUUAAGCUAGACUGGCAUCUACAGACUUAAGCCCUAUUGUGUCACUGGGAUAUUUGCUCCUAAAAACCAGCCGGUAUCAUGGAAAACCACAUUGCCAAUCAUUUCAGUGAGGCCUUUAAUCUGUGCACCUAUCAUCAGAUGAAAUCCUAAUUAGUGUAAGUCAUUCUCUCACAUCAGGAAUUGGGACAUAAGAAAGAACAUCUCUAACCUCAGUACAUACAACAAGAACGACCCGACUUUUCCAUUUGGUUUACCUUACUCAUUUUUAACAACAGAAAGUGUCUAUAAAAUUUCCAUUUUAAGCUCUUUCAUUUCACAUAACCGUAUUUUAUUUUUCAAAAAUAAAUUAAAAGUUUAGCAUUAUGCCGCACGUCAGCAGCUUAUACUUGUUAUGCUAGCUACUCAGGAGCCCAAGAUCUGAGGCUCUCAAUUCAAAGCCAGCUCAAGUAGAAAAAC